AUGACCUGGAACAGCGCCGCUAGAGCAGGCCAGAAACGUUUUCGUUGGAGGACUGUUGUUGAUGGUCCAUGUACCCCACGGAACGAUAGGCUUAAAAUCUUUGCCUCAUAUGGUUUUUUUUAUUCCGGUGUCUUUUCAACAUAUCUAUCUAUAUCAGUUGAUGACUUUUAUCCAUUUGGGGACGAAAAUGGAGAUUCAAAGUUGCCAAGAAGGGAUGAUGCAGUUUCACAAUCAAUCGAGUUUCCAACGAGUUUUGCAUUCUUCAAUGUUGAUAGACACAAUUGUUCUUUGUGCGAGAAUGGAUUUAUUGUGCUAACUAGCAGUUAUGAUGGUGACCACCCUGAAAAUUUUCCAAUCAAUAUAAGUAUGAUAAGUCCUUUCUGGGAUGAUGCUGAUACCAAUCCUUUAUAUGGCAAUGGGACAGUUUGGUACAGAAUCACAACGAAUGAAACCAUAAAACGACGAGCUACAAGUGACGUCAAUACCUAUUUUCCCAGAUUCAGGGACUUUCAAGCAUCUUGGAUUAUCAUUGCAACCUGGCAAAACGUACACUAUUAUGGGUGUAGGUCUCAGUCAGGAUGCCUGAGAAAUAAUUUUCAAGCAGUGGUAAUAUCAAAUGGACAUCAUUCUAUUGUGAUGUUCAAUUAUGUUAAUAUAGAGUGGACAACAGGAAGAGGCUCUGGUGGAACUGCAGGAUUGGGUGGAUUUCCGGCUCAAGUUGGAUUCAAUGCAGGCGAUGAGGUACGGUUUUUCAAAGUAAAUGUUGGGUUAACUCCGGAUGUCGUGAACAUUGACGAAAUGUCGAAUGUGGGAAUUCCAGGUGUAUUUAUAUUUGGAGUCGACAAAACGGAAGUUAUACAACCAUGCGCAGUGGAGCUUAGAGAAAAUCAGGCGAUCAACCCUAACUCUGGGCCUAUGUUGGGAGGUCAACAUAUUACCAUAAGUACCCCAUGUAUUGACCCAAGCGCAACAAUAAUGGCUAGUUUUUCUGGAUCGUCUAAGUAUGUGUGCGAAAGGGAAUCUUUGCUCAGCAUAGUCUGCAUCACCCCUGCCUUCAACACUACAGGGGAAAUCAUUAUAGACGUAGAAAUUAAGGACCAGGAUCAGACCAUCACAAGGACACUUCAAUACUCUUACAUAGUCCUUAAUAUAGCUGACAGCAAGCAACGAGUCUUCAGACAAGACCCAGAAGAUUGGUUUUCUGGAUAUCACAAUAUUUCCUGGGAUAGGGACGCGGCCGAACUGCAGAACAAUGAUAUGGUCGACAUUUAUCUCUUUUCCUUGAUUGAGGACACUGAUGGUCAUCUGUCAUGGGAGAGUCAACUUCUGCAAGAAGGAGUGGAACGUUCAGCAGAAUGGGCGGAAAUCUAUUUGGAAGAACAAAAAUAUGUCUUGGCCAUUAUGGUGACAUCUGCAACCGUGAAAAAUGAUCAGCCUAGAAGAGGAAUUUGGUCUGAUGUAUAUCCGUUAGCUCUUCAGCAAGAAGAAGCUCACUUAUCGUGUGUGGACUGGUUCAAAAAAGAUUUUAAGUUUCCACCAUUGCUACGAAAUCGUGUUCAGCCCUGUCCGUGUACAUUGGACCAAGCUUUGCUGGAUGGUGUAAGAUUUCAGCCAGAUCCAAGUUGCAACAUGUUUAUUCAACAAACUGGCAACUGUUUGUACAGAAAGGAUGCGAAACAUUGUGUGCAUUUGCUCAGCUUUGGACCGAAUGGAAUGGACAAUAUGUGUUGUUACGACAAUGACGACAAGCUUAUAGAUUCUUGUUACGGCGAAGGUGGAACUCUUCAGCGGUAUCAUUAUCUAGGAGGCCAGGACGUCCAACCUUUCAUCGCUAACUUUUACUUCGAUGUACUUCCUUUCUUAUAUUGUUGUCGAUAUUCCAAACAUUAUUUGCAGGGUAUUAAACCCAAAUCUUCAAGGUUCUCGUCCACUUGUCCUCGUUACAUACAACGCAGACAAAAAAGCACAUGUGUACAUUAUAAACCACCUAGACCAGCUCUUACUGUUGGAGAUCCCCAUUUAACUACACUUGAUGGUUACGCAUACGCUUUUAAUGGUAUAGGCGAAUUUGUCUAUUUAAAAACUAAUGACGACAGUUUCCAAAGCCAGAUCCGAUUUGAACAAUUCCGUGAUAACAAUGGAAAUCUUAAGGACGCAAGCGAUUGUACAUCUUUUGUAUCUCAACAUCUAAGUAACUCAGCCGUCGUUGAAGUCCGUCUCGACUCCACAACUAUUUAUCACCCGUUAGUAAAUGGUGAAGUCUUAGCUUUUGAUGAAACACUUUCUUACCAUUUUAAAGGUGUGUCUUUGCUCCAAAUCACACCUGACAUUAAUCAUUCGGGUGCUACAAAAAAGAGUCAUCUUAUAUCAUUUACAACCAUUGGAAUAGCAUUUCAAACAACGGCAAGUUCCAAUGUGCUGAACAUAAUACCAGUGGUUGGGAACAGUUCAUUAACAGAGCAUUUAAGAGGACUAUUGGGCGAUUUUGAUGGUGAACAAAGCAACGAUUUACGAACUCCAUCGGAUGAUAUCUUACAACCAACUUCAACUUCGGAAGAAAUUUAUCAGAAUUUUGGAUUAAAAUGGAGGAUAACUGAGGAGGCGUCACUGUUAACUUACAAAGAUGGGACUACGUACAGCAAUUACCAAAAUUCUACCUUUAUUCCUGCCUUUGAGACACCUACCGAUCUCCCGGCGGAUGCAGUGGAGGUGUGUGGUGAUGAUCAAGAGUGCAUCUUUGAUUAUUCUGCCUCGGGGUUACCAGAGCUUACUGCAGAAACUAAAGAGAGAAAACAAUCUUUCUUGUCUUUUCUAGAUGCGUUUGAGUUGACUGUCAACGAGAUUCAGGAAGAAAUGCACAACUAAUCAAAAGUCAAAUAAGCGCAAACGUUCUAUUUCUUGAUGGCACAUUGUGCAUAGCUUCAACAAUAAAUAAACUUUAUUCAAAGCAACUUUUAUUAU